UCGGGGGCUGCGCGCACCUUCUCUGCUGAUGCUGCUCUUUCUUCGCCUUGACCACUCCAAUUUACUUCCUGUCCGUGGCCGCCAGACCCUGAGAGAGAAAGGACCCUUGCCGGAAUGUCGUCGACGGAGAACGCCCGGAAGCGGCUCUCGAGAGUUCUCUCCGACCUUGCUGCACUCGACCGCGGCAGCGUUCUCGACUACCUCCUCGUCGCAAUCCCAAGGGCGCACGGCAGGCCUGAUACUCCGUGUCAAUUGCACGUCCUGAGCUCGAGCGCGCUCGAGGCGCAUCGGCACCUCCUCUUUCCUACUGUGCAGUCCGACCUGCUGCUCUCCACCCUGCGAUCAACACAUCCCGCAUCCGCGGCCGGCGACAAUUGCACCAGCACGAGCGCGCGCGGCGUGCUCGACCUCUUGGGGGACGACUGUAGCAGCCUGCGGUGGGGGGACGACUUGCUCGCCGACGCCUCGGCCCUCACCAUCCAGCUAUCCACCACGCCGGAUGACGCCAUCCCUCGCUCCCUCACGACCCUGACCUCGACACCCUCCCACCACCACUCCCCCGCAAUCGUGCGCUCGCCCAACCAACUCGGCAUGCACGGUGGAGCCGGCGGCGGCGGCGGCGGCCCACCUUCCGCGACGCAGCUGUCGACGCCCGCCAGUUGCUCGUCGGCCGUGUACGCCACGCUGCCAGGCACCUCCGAGAUCGACGACGAGUUCCUGUCGCAGGCGCAGCGCGUGCGGCCGGCGCCCAUCUACGUGCGCUCGACGGCGGAGAUCCCCGAGCCGAUAUGCGCGCGCGAUAGCGACCAGCCAGAGUACUACCCGCUCGCCAUCUCGGACUCGGCCGCCGUGACUGAGUUUCUGGAGGCCAAGUUCCGCGAGCUGCAGCAGCUGGUGUGCAAGAUUGUUGCAAAGGCGUGGAUCAAGGUUAUCGAGCCCAAGAAGCAGACGAAUCAUCCUUACAACAAGGGGGAAGGCUAUAAGCCGGACUGGUGGCCAAGCCAGGCUCGGCAUAAGGAGCCAGACCAUUUAAUGAAACCGGAGCGGUUGCUGCUGCUGAUAUCGAUGCUGCGCUCGCGCAAGGCAGACCUGCGGCAGCUGAGGAGUGCGACGCUGGAGUACUCGCUAAACAUCCCAAAGAACAAGAUGGAGGUUCUAGAAGAAAUCUACUACGUCGCGGAUAUGGAGGAGCGGUACCAGCGGAACCCAAGCAGAUCAGACGAGGCCCUCAUCAUCUGGACGAUCGCGCCGGAGAAACUGACGAAGAGCGUGCAGGCGGCAGCGGCGGCGGCCGUCAAGGCGUCGAGCAGGUCGAUGACGACGAUCGCGAGCCAGAUGCCAAAGUCUGUAUCGCCGCUCAGUCCUGCGAAGCGUGCGCUGGAAGAGGAUGCUUAUAUCAAGGCAGAGGAACCGCCUAGUCAAAAGUUCUGUCGCGAGAAUAGCCCGAUCCAGCAGCAGCAGCAGCCGCCCUCAUCAUUACCGCAAUCUCAACCACAGCCACAACCACAAUCUCAAACUUCACAUCAACUUCCACAACAGUCACAUCAGCAAGAACAUCAGCAGCCAUUACCGCAACAUGCGGAGCAGCAACCUCAAGAGCCGCCCAAGCCGCAGUAUAUGUCUGUGCAAGUUCCGCAGCACCCGCAAGAACGGCCACAGUUUGUAGCCGUCAAUCUGAAUCAGGCGGCGGAUGAGCUGCCUCAGGUAUUUCCUCAUCAGCAGCACUCUGGUCUGCUAGAGCAGCAGCACCAGUCGCAACAUCUUCCAUAUAACUCGCUACUGGUCGGCGGUGGGGGUUCUAGACAUCCCUCUGCUUUGUUACCGUCGGCGACUCCGGCUACCGCGGAGGCUCUUACCGGUUUCAUACCGCGCGAUUCCGCUGGCGGAAUAGACAACGCGCAUCAGCUUCUGUACAUGCCGCGGAGCGUGAUGACCAGCGCGAGCACCACGCCGCCUGCGUUCUUUAAUGCAAACUCCAGACGGUACACCACCGGAUCGAUAGAAGAUUCGCUCGGGCAACUGGUCCAGCACCAGCAGCACCAGCAGCACCUGGCACCGCCGUCUAUGGUCCCGACUCCAGAGCACGGAACGCCUGUGUACGAUUUUGUCUCGCCGCCGUUCCAGCAGCAUCAGCAGCAGUUGCAGCACCAGCAAGCGCUAGGCCAGAUGGCGGCGCACGGCGGCAUGCGGAGGGUGCGUCAGCGAUCGAUGCAGGAUACGCUGCCGAGGUCGACGAUCUACCCAGCGCUGGGAGCAGGUGCGGGUGCGUACCAAGGGUUUCCUGAUAUGACUGGACAGGUUCCAUGGGACAAGUCUGCGCAUGAGCAGCCGCAGGGCCAUCAAUCCGCCCAGCAGGAGAUGAUCAUCAAUCAUCACGACUCGUCGUUGAUGGACGCGGAUCUGGGCUCGACAUAUGCGCCUGCGUUUGGCGAUGAAGGGGACUUAGAGCUGGGGCAGUGGCGAGAGUGUACAGAUAAUGCUGUUUGAGGGUUUGAAAAUCGGGUUUUGUCAUGAUUAGUUUGUUAUUUUCUUUCUUGGUUUCUUAUGUAAUUCUUUUUUCAGAGGUUAUAGGUCGUUAGUGUAGAGUGCUUGGUUUAUAAUUGUCAUUUAUGAUUUGGAUCUGAUUUUUGUACUGGUUAUUGUGUGUUUUGUUUUGGUUUGGAUAUUUUGUGUAUUUUACAUGCUUCUGCUUACUAGAAGAAUGCCCAGAGAUGCUUGUCGCACUUGUCAACUGUAUGAAUUGGGUGAAUUUAAUAUUGUUAAUAAAGGAUUAAUGUUAUUAGAGAAUAUUUAUCGUUCUCUGAGCCGACUAUGGACUCUUUGUAUGUUAU